UUCAUAUUUAUCUGUGUAAAAGGAUUGUUGUGAGUCAGGCUGCUGAUCGGCAUUUUGCGUUUUCUUGGGAAUUCCGUCGAUUUAGGAACCAUCAGAGAGUGUCACGAAGUAUGAAAAAAUGGCUAUAAAUCUAGAAAAGCAUAAGGAAGCACUCGUCGCCGCGUGGAAGGAUGUCUUGGACGAGAAAACUGACACCAAUUGGGCCUUAUUUGGCUAUGACGGACUAACAAACGAUCUCAAAUACAUAAGCAAAGGUGAUGGAGGUCUCACAGAGUUGAUAGACGACUUCAACAGUGGCAAGAUACAGUACGCCUUCCUGAAAGUUGAUGUACCAACUGGUAGCAUAUCCAAAUAUGUGCUUAUCAACUGGCAGGGCGAAGGUGCUCCAACAGUCCGUAAAGGCACGUGCGCGAAUCACAUCAAGCACGUCGCGCAAAUGUUCACGGGCUUCCACCUCACUAUGCACGCGCGGACUGAAGACGACCUUGAUGAAAAGCUCAUCCUGGACAAGUUGUCCAAGGCUGGCUCCGCAUUCAACUUCAAGACCAGCAGAACUGAGGACUUGCCUCAAAGUGGGCCUGUCGGGACUGCGUAUAGGAAGGUGAACCCAGUUCAGGAGAUUAACUCCAAAGAAAGAGACCAGUUUUGGUUAAAGGAAGAACAAGAAGAGAAGAAAAGGGUUGAAGCUGAAAGAAAACGAAGGGAGGAGGAAAAGAAGAAGGCAGAAGAAGACGUGAGAAGAAGAGAUGAAUUAGAAGCAGCGAAGAGAGCCAAAGCAGAACAGAAGCCGCCCAGUCCGGAGGGCGGGGUGAGCGCCAGCGAAGUGCUGCGGCGGCAGCGCUCCAGCGAGGCGCGCCAGCUCAUCGGGGGCUCCACGGCCGCCGCGCGAGCGUUGUUCCAGCAGAACCUGGCUCAGGGGCAGAUCAACAGAUCAAAUUCCAUACCAGAAAAACCAGUACGCAGUUCAGUCAUAGCGCAAAGGAUAAACACAUUCUCACAAAACACAUCGCAACCAACUUCCCCUAACCACAUCAAAUCACCACUCACCCCUACACAAACCACCCCUACAGAAUCUACCCCUAGUUUCCCAGAACCUGUGAAGCAAGAAGAGAAAUCAACACUUCCAGAAGAACAAAUAGACCAACGGAAAACGAGUCCCCUAAAAAAUAUAGACAAAAUUAAAAUGAGUUUAGAAAGUCCAUCUCAAAUACAAUACGAACCUAUCAUAGACCCCGCAGACUUAAGUCCGAGCACAGAAACCGAACCGACUUCGUUCGCUUCAAUAAACUAUACGGAAUAUAACGAAAACUAUCGAGAUUUAGACCUAAAGCAAAGUGAGCCUAUGAUCAAACAGAAUAUUCUAGAAAACGAUAUGUUCGACGCAUCAUAUUCCAGUUCGAAUGAAAAUGAUGAUGAAGAUAGUGACAAUAAGUUCAGUACCAUCAAGAGGUCGCCGUACAGCAAGAACACUGAGGAAAAGGAGUUGAGUAGGCAGAACACGGUCAUCGAGAAUGUUAAUUAUAAGAAGGAGAAUGGCACUACCACGCUUGAUGACGUUUCCCCCGAGGGCAUGGAGGAGGAGGGCACGAUAUACGAAGACCUGGACGACGACCCAGGUCUCACCGCGAGAGCGCUAUACGAUUACCAAGCAGCGGACGAGUCGGAGAUAACGUUCGACCCGGGCGACAUCAUUACCCACAUUGAGCAGAUCGACGCGGGCUGGUGGCAGGGGCUCGGCCCGCAUGGGGUUUUCGGGCUAUUUCCCGCUAACUAUGUCGAGCUUUUACCCUGCCAUCCGCGCUAGAACGUUCUAGAAUAGCUUAUAUUACCAUACAUUCUACUAGUGAGGCAUUUGUCAAAGUGUGACCUUAAUAUUACACAUUUCAGAAAAUAUCCAUUAUGUCCCUUUAAAAGGACUUUAGAUCGCGCAUCACUGUAUCAAUAUCUUUGUAGUCACGUCAUAAAAAGUCAUUGUGUGCAGUUUAUAUUAUGUCAGUGUGGAAUUUAAAUUCGAAAAAAAUGUCCUUUUUGGAGGACAUUCAGACUCACAAUAUCAUUCUCAAAACUUAUCAGUAUCGGAAAAACAAUGCCUAUUUAAUAGUUAUUUAGAUCAAAUAACAUUUUGCGACUUAUUUAGAGGUAAUGGCGUAAUAUUAGCAUUUGCAGUAUGUGUUCAAGUGUGACCUUAAAUAAAUGCCCAUGCUUAUACUCUAUCCGCGGGAAAAGUUAGUAUAGUUCUUUCUCUGUUACGUAAUACCAUGCGAAUGAUAGAGACAAAAAUGACACUGGGCGUUAACCGUUGAGACACCAACUAGUCACAAACAUGUUAUCAAAAACAUUCGAAAUUCAAUUCGAAAAUGUUUUCGAAAAACAUUCGAAAUUUAAUUCGAAAAUGUUUUCAAAUAACAUUCGAAAUUCAAUUUGAAAACAUAGACUCGAUUGUGAUUGGUUGGUAACUCAAAAUGGUUAGCGCUCACUGAGAUUUUUGUCUCUAUCAUUUGUAUGGGAUUACGUAACAGAGACAACGCUAUACUAACUUCAUUACGCGGGUAGAGUAUAGAAAAAAUGUUCCAUAUAAAAGACAUUUAUGUUAUGAACAUAACAUUAAAGUUUUAAAUUUUUUGUUUAAAUGCAGUGAUAGUGUUAUGAAUUUAUGCUAUGGACUGUAAACAUUUUUGAUCUCCGCUCUUUUGCUUAGUAAAUUUAAGCGAUUGAUUUUACAAUGUUCACUUUUUCGAACAUUCUAUGUUCUUAU